AUGCACCAUCAUGCUGUGGGCACAGUGCGUAAGUGGAAGUUGUUUUCCGCCGACGUGAAGUCCGCGUUUGUUCAAGCUGACAACGCGGAGUCUCGCGGGUUGAAGCUGCGCGCCGCGCCCACCAAGGAGAUGCGGGAGAUGCUGCUACAGCAAAUCGGACUGGAACCUGGACAGUUGUUGAAGUUGAUCAAGCCUUCUUUCGGAGACCCGGGGUCGCCCAAGCUGUGGCACUACCGCUCCGGUGAAGUCACCAAGGAGGUCGGUGACGACCCAUUCGACAUCUGCGCGAUCGACGGCCAGAACUACGCGGUGGACGGCCUGAUCGGGAAGCACGUGGGCGACUUCUUGGGAUGCGGAGAGAACCUGAAAACGGAGGGCGAUAUGCACGCGCCCGUGGACGACCCCGAGUCAUUCAAGCUGACGUUUACGGGUGGCGAGCUGGAUCAGAACGUCAAUGCCUACGCGACCGCGCUGAGGUUCGAGAAGUACUUGCACGCGGUCAAACCGAUCACUAUCGACAAGGUGCGGCGCGCGAGCUCCGCGAGUCCAUUGGCGCCGAAGGAGCUGACGAGUUUCAGGACGCUGAGUGGGCAGUUGCAGUGGCCAGCCGCGCAGGGCAUCAUCAUUGCAGCCGCCGUCGUGUCGUUUUGGGCUGCUGCGACGGGCAACGCCACCGCGCAGGACAUGAUCGACGCGAACAAGGAUCUGCGAUUCCUGAAGGCCAAUGCGGACGUCGGGCUGCGCUUCGGUUUCGACAAGCCAUGGAGCGCUAUGAGGACUGGAGCUUGCUCGGAUGCUAGCUGCGCGAGCCGACCUGGCGGGGGCUCACAGGGCGGUUGCCGGAUCUUCAUCGGGCCUGCCGAAGAGCUUGAGGCGGGCACACUUGCGCCGAUCGUGGCGAGGGAGUGGGAUCCGAAGAAGUUGCGACGCCUGUGCAGGAGUUCGUUGUCAGCCGAGGUUCAGGCCGCCGCGCUGGGCGUGGACUCGCUCAUGCGGGUGAAGAUCUACGUGGCGCUCAGCCAGUCCCCUUUCAUCGCGGACGCCAAGUGUAUCCAUGGCGCCUCGCGGUCAGUUACCGCGGGAUUGGGCGUCGCCGAGAAGCGUGCCGCCGGCGGGGUCAGGGUCGUGAGCGAACGGAUGAAGGAAAUCGACGCGGUCUGGAGGUGGGUCAACAUGCAGCAGCAGCUGGCCGAUGGGCAUAAUUACCAUCACGACCCGAACUUCGCGGCGGGGAGGAAGCUCAGCAAGAUGCAGGUGGAGCUGCGCGGGCAAGAGCUGGAGCAAGCUGGCGACGAGCUUGCGGGCAACACCGAGACUACGGAACAACCGAAGCAGAGAGCGCGACGUGGGCACUACGGGGCAAGCGGGGGGAGGCUGGCAGCUACUCUAGCUGCAGGCGCCGCCUCAGGGAGCCAGGGGCGCAACGCGCGCACCCCGAUGGAUCUUGGCGGUGGCGCGUGGGACCUCUGGAAUUUUCUCGUGUUCGUGCUCGUGCUAUCGCUGGGCAUCGGGCUGGCCAUCGGCCACUGCAUGGGGAGAAAGGUUGGCGCGACGCUGGCCCAGCAGAAGAUGGAGAGCCCCAUGGACGCGGCGCGGAGACAAAAAAGGCACGGACAGUGCCUCACCGAAGACGGAAACGAGCAGUGGGACGACGAAAACGACUACGAGGUCAACCAUCUCCGGAGAUGUACCGACGCGUGGACCGACAGUGACGUCCGUGAACCGCUGCAGCUCGCCCUCCCCGCUCGUGUUCCUGCCGUGAGACCGCCCCGCUUGCUUGGCUUCCUGGGCGUCUCGACGCCGCUCCCGAGGGUCGCAGGUGGAAGCACGGGAGAGCGCCUGGCCUGGUGGCCUUGCGUGGUUUGGGCGGACCUCCCGGCGCUGGUGAAGCAGCUCCGCGACAGCUUCAUUGUGGUCCCCGUGGUAGGCUCGGACUACCGCGAGGCGAUGCUGCGGGCCGAGGCGGGCAGGGGCGCGGCGGCAGUGGCAGGCGCCGCGCGCCAGCCACUCUACCAGACGCUGCCCCGUGGCACGUUAGUCGGCGCGGGACAGGCCAGUGGCAUCGGGAUCGGCUUCCCGGACCUCCGCUGGCUGGUGCUGGUGGCGGGGCUGCUGGCCCUGGCGAGCUGUGGCUGCUUGGGCGCCGUGUGGGGGGGCCUCGGCAGGCCCGAUCGGCGCAAGCAGGCGGCCUCCCAGAAGAGCGACACGCAGCCGUCCAUCGCAAAUCGUGAGAUGAACGUGGGAACGCUGGCCCAGGAGCUUGACCGUGCUCCUUCAGCGGCUUUUGCAGGCCUGAGAUGGCUGCGGCGGCGCCUCCGCCAGUGCAGAGCCUCGGGAUCGAGGUGGGGAUUCGGCGCGGUGGAGUACAACGUGCCCGGGGCGCCGCUGUUUCACGAGAGAGGCACGUGCGGAACUGCAACCCUGGCUGGAGCAGAUGAGGUCGCUGUGUUUGUCAACCGCUUCCAGCGCGUGCUGACGCCCGCUGUUUUCGCGGUGGAGAAGGCGGAGGUGCUGCUCCCGCUGCCGCGCCGCUUGCUGGGACUGGCCCACCUGCGCCCGGAGUCGGCGGAGGUGUCGGGGUGCUGGCCGCUGCCUUUGGUCCAGCUUCAGGGCUUCCAGGAGCAGGAGGCGCGGUCGCCGCGGGCGGCGCUGGAACUGCCGCUGCCGCCGCGGCAGCCGUGCCGGCGGUGGGCGCUGCGGUGCCCGCGGGGCCGAUCGUGGCGGCCCCGCUGCCAGGUGUGGGCCACGGUGGUGUGCUGGUGCCUGCUGUCGGAGGCGCUGUGCUCGCUGCAGCCGUCGGGGCCGCCGCGUCAGACUACACAUGGCAGGCGUGCGAGGUGGAAGGCAGAUGCGAAGCUUCAGGACAACGACGGUGGUGUGGAGAACCAUUUGAUGAACUGUCAGAUGCUCGAGAGUAAAGCGACGUUUGGCCAAUGUAGCCUGCCCGACAUAGCAGCCGCCGAGAUCAUGUCUCGUUCAGUUCAGCUCUCCGAGGAGAGGCGCAGAGACAGGGUGCCCACGUUAUCGGGCGGCGGUGGCGAUGCUGCUCAGGAUGCGUUUCGGCGCAUGGGUCUCGGUCGUUCUCGCGGGAAGGUCACCGCGCGCCCUGCUCCGCAGUUCUGGGCGUCACUCGAACUUCAGAAGGAGGCGUCCGUCAUGACGGAGCGGCGCAAAGAUCGCGAGGAGAGGGCCAGCGCCAAAGCAACUAACAAGGCCAAUAAGGACGAACGCGACGAUGGCUGA